AUGCCUCUGAAAAUGCCACAGGCAGUCUAUAUUGUGAACAUUGUUGCCUCAAGAGUUCAUUUUGGACAUGCCAAUACUCUUUGUCAGGCUAAAUCACUCGGUGAUCAACUUAUCGUUGGAAUUCACUCGGACAAAGAAAUCACCAAACAUAAAGGACCACCAGUUUUUCAUGAAAAAGAACGUUAUCAGCUAAUCAGAGCUAUGAAAUGGGUCGAUGAAGUAGUAGAAGAUGCACCAUACUUUACCUAUGUGAAAACGUUAGAAAAAUAUUCUUGUGAUUUUUGUGUACAUGGAGAUGAUCUGGUGGUAUCCAACGAUGGAUCAGAUCCUUAUGCAGAAGUUAAAGCAACUAAUCGAUAGAAGUGAGAUUUAUUACUAAAAGAUUGUACUACACAUUUUCUUAAAACGUUCUGUAGUAUGUAGAGUGCAGAAUCGUUUACUUCAUUUUCAGACACAUCUAGUAGAAGGGAUGAUAAAACUACCCGGCUGCUCGAAGUGAAGCAUCUUGAACAGGAUUCGAACCUCCUAUCUUAUCGUUAAAAA